AAAUGGGAAAUGGGGGAUUUUUCUCACUCUCAUGGGUCAUGAAAGCACGUGACAUGCAACUUUUAACACUUCCUGACAGCCAGUUUAUUAUGUUAGCAAUACAGCUAACGUAUUCUAAUAUUACUUGAAUGGAAAAAACAUUAUUAUUAUUAUAGUUGUUACUUGUUAAGUGAAAAAUGUGUGCAGGAAGAAGGCUUGAUAAUAUCUGGAAUAAGUACAAACUAAUUUCCGGAAAUCCAGGAAAACCGGUAUGCAGGAUGCAAUGCAAAAUAUGUACGAAAGAAAUUAUUGGAUUAGUAACUCGUAUGGAAGAACAUAUUGAAGGUAACCACCUACAGGAUGGUAUACAGAAAUUGCAACAGCUGGAUUGGCUGGAGUCAGCAAGUCAGGAGCCUGAGUCUGAGACCAGUGGGAAGAGCUCCUCCACCAGUUCUGGCUCCACUAGUGGCACUGGCACUGUAUCACAAAACAAAGUGACUUUGCAACGCAUUGAUUCCUUUAUUGUGAAAAUGUCAACUAAUCAAAAAACGCAAUUGGUUUUCCAAUGCGCAAAAUUUAUAUAUGCCACCAAUUCAGCCUUUACUCAUGUAGAACACUAAAUUUAUAAAAAUUUUUCAGAUGUUGCGACAUGGAUAUGACCUUCCACACAAAAAAGAAGUUGGGGGAUUCUUGCAGGACACUGUAUACAAUUCCAUUGACAAUGAACCAGGUGACGAGUUAAAGGCUAUUACAGUCUGUAUGGCUAUUGAUGGGUGGAGUAAUGUCCAUUAUAAACCAGUGAUUUUGUGUGUGUGACUAAUCCUAAUGGAACAGUUCAUUCGAAUGACUCAGUUGAUACAGGCGCAGAAAUCCACACAAACUACUUAGAAAUUAUUGCAACUGUAGCAAUAAAAAAUGCAAUCAAAAGUAUGGCUGUAAAAUAAGAAUUUUUUCUAUGGGCUUGAUCAUUCAAAACUUAGAAAUUGUCUUGGACAGGAAAAGGCAGCAAAGUUUGUUAAAGUUUUGAAGCACCUAAACAAAUACUAAUGAGAAUUGUACAUUUCUGAAAAAAAGAAAUUCUCCAAGCUGAAGAAACUACGGCUGUCAAUCCUGUUUUGUUAUUU